AGAACCUAGCAGUUAAUGAUGCACUAAACGCGGGAAACAUAGCGUUGUGGGUACGGGUGUUCGUUGCGCAGAUGAUACGACGCUGGGUUUUUGUAGAAUCGGAAAUUGGAAAUAUUCAAAUAUUUAUUUCGUAAAUAUCAUAUUUUCGGAGUAGAAGGAGUAAUUUGCUAGUUGCUCACUUAACGGCCGAUUACCGUUACUAGUUUUUCUUCGUUUGAUUCUUCUGACUUGCGUCUGUAACGGCCACUAUCAUGAAACCUGGAGGUGGUGCGAAGGUACCUGGCGCCAAAAUUAUUCCGGCUGAGGAUAAGGUCAGAAAGUCUUUGCACGUUUUGCAGCCAGCAGCCACUGACAAAGAAAAUUUAGUUGGUGGUGGGAGGAUGCUUAGAUCUGCUUUGUCUACAAAAGAGGCACUUAAACCUGAAGUGACAGAAAAAUCAAAACACGAUGCUACAAAACGUAAAAAAGUUACUCUCAAAGAUAAAGCUGUCCAAACUGCAAGAGGAGAUAAGAUUAAAAUAGAAGUUGAGGAUUUAACAUCUGAAGCUGGACCUAGUGAAAAUUAUUGGGAGGUCUUAGCAGAAAGGCGAAGGAUAGCACUUGAAGAUGCUUUAGAAGAAAAUAAAGAGCUAUCCGAUCGUGUGGAAUCACUAGAAGAAGAGAAUCGCGUUUACAAGGAAAUGUUGGACGAGUCCAGAGCUCUUGUUGAAGUCCUUCAGGAAAUGCUUGGAGAAGACAGAAAUGAUAUAAACAAUUCUUUGGAAGAUAGUACUUUGUAAUUUAAUAUUUGUGUAACAAGUGCCAAUUCUGGUGCCUUAUGAAUUAAUAUAUAGGAAUAAGUGUCUUCAUAUUGGAGGCAUUAUAAUGCUCUCGUCAUGGACAUGGCGUGCAGCAUAGCAAAAAGUCUGAGUAAAACUUCGUUGAAUGUAAAAUAAAAGAGCACCUAUACCUAAAUUAGUUAUAUUUAAUAUCAGUGUCAUUUAAAUUUGUAAACGAAACGAAAUCCAUUUGUAAUUGCAUAUGUAUAUGAAGUAGCACUAUGGCCGUUACGUCGAAACGCAUUUACCUCAUAAAGUUUUACUUAUAUUAUUACGUACAUAUAUAUAGACAGAAUUUUAAUAAUGAUUAAUAAACAGGUUUUCUAAAAUUCAAU